AUGCCCAUUUGCCAGAAACGCUUAUGUUGCACCUUGUCAACGGAAUCGGCUAUUCAGCUCGAGGCGUUGCAGCAAGCAGAAAAUCGGGAUUUCGCAUGUGCAGUAUACAUAGCUCUACUGGGGAAGACCACGCCGAUCACCACCGCCUGCCCGCCAUCCAUCAAUGCGGGUGGCUCGCAGCGGGCCGCUGCUAAUAGCGGCACGGUGCCUGACCAAGCUGAGCUGUCCAUGUGCACGUCAGGCAACGGAUACCCUAGUGAGUGA